AUGUUGCUCUUUAUUUUUGCUUGGGUCAUCCUCACAGCUACAACCUAUUGCCAGACUGAGGCAAGCGCUGAUAAUGCAAGCCUUGCCGUUGCUCCAAAACUCCCUUUUCCAUGUAUUUCAAAAUUUGGAUUGAAGGAUUGUCCAAGUGGAGAGAGUUGCUGCGGGUUUAAAUGUGUUGACACCAACACGAACCCCUUCAAUUGUGGACAGUGUUUGCAUAUUUGUAAGGAUGGUACACCAAAUUGCUGCGGUGGAAACUGCGUGAAUACGCAGACAGAUGAGACGAACUGCGGGACAUGUGGACAUCACUGCACCGCCGCUGCUCCAGAAUGUUGUGGUGGAACAUGUACGGAUACACAGACUGAUGCUCUGAACUGUGGCAUGUGUGGACAUGCGUGCAAUACCGGCGAUCCUGACUGUUGUGCUGGAGACUGUAGAUAUACAGACAAAUCCUUCGAACUGUGGAACGUGUGGAACUUCUUGUACCGGCACUACACCGGACUGUUGUGGUGGAACGUUGCCUGUCCAAUGAAACAUGUAAUAGUGGUACCUGUAGCUGUACAGGAACUCAAGGACACUUCUUCUGCCAGUUCCCAUUACCGAAUGGUCAAUGCUGCAAUGGUGCGACGAGUCAGAAAUGCACGGGUCAAGGUUGCUGUCCCCCAGGACGUACAUGCCCCAAUGACAAUACCGUGCCGGCUGCUGACAAGACCUGUUGUGCGUCAAGUACGCAGUGUGUCCAAAUUGGAAUGA